AUGCAUCGGCCCAGUGGCUGCAUGGACGGGCUCCCGCAGAGCAGCGAGCGUGAGGGCCUGCCUGGCUCCUCUUCCGAAUCCGGUCCGCACGUCCGGCGGCUCCCUGUCAGCGCCCUGCUGCCGCCGCUUGGGAAGAUCUUCAGCGAGAUUUCGCAUGCAGCUUCAGCCCGCACUUGCAAAAGAGCCAUCGACGGGCUGCUCCACAGUCGGCCUCCCCCUGGGACCUACCCCCGGCCUCACGAGUACCUGUCCCCGAAGGACCUGCCGCCGAGUUGGGACUGGCGCAACGUGAAAGGCGUCAACUAUGCCAGCAUCACCCGGAACCAGCACAUCCCGCAGUACUGCGGCUCCUGCUGGGCCCACGGCAGCACCAGCGCCAUGGCAGACCGGAUCAACAUCAAGAGGAAGGGUGCGUGGCCUUCCACCGUGCUGUCUGUGCAGAACGUCAUUGACUGUGGUGACGCCGGCUCCUGCGAGGGGGGAGAUGACCUGCUGGUGUGGGCCUACGCCCACAAGCUCGGCAUUCCCGACGAGACUUGCAACAACUACCAGGCCAAGGACCAGGACUGUGACAAGUUUAACCAGUGUGGCACGUGCACAGAAUUCAAAGUGUGCCACACGAUUCAGAACUACACCCUCUGGAGAGUCGGCGACUACGGCUCUGUGUCCGGGCGGGACAAGAUGAUGGCAGAAAUCUUCGCCAACGGCCCCAUCAGACGUUUAGAAACACCCGUGGGCCCAGAUGGUGCCAAGGUGAAGCAACUGGGUGCUGAGGUUGGCAGUGUGAGCCCCCAGCGGCCCUGUUGGAGUAAGAGCCGUGGUGUCUGCUUCCGCAAAAAGGAACCCACAGACGUGGAGGCGGUUCUGACUGAGCCCGGGGAGACUGAGUGGACAGCCUGCCAGCUGCCCAGCUGUGGGAUCAUGGCGACGGAAGGCAUGGAUCGGUACAGCGGAGGCAUCUAUGCGGAGUACCAGGACGAGCCCUUCAUAAACCACAUCGUCUCGGUGGCCGGGUGGGGCGUCAGCAACGGCACUGAGUACUGGAUUGUCCGGAACUCCUGGGGGGAGCCAUGGGGCGAGAGGGGUUGGAUGCGGAUCGUCACCAGCACCUACAAAGGUGGCACGGGCAACAGCUACAACCUGGCCAUCGAGAAGUCCUGCUCCUUCGGGGACCCCAUCGUCUGAGCGGCUCCGCAGCACUGCGGGAGGCCAUCCUGCGUGCACGGGGACUGGCCCUGUGCAGUUGCAUUCUGCCGCCUGUGUCGGGGACUGGGGGUGGGUGGGGGCGGGGAUAUGCCAGCAGGGGCUCUGCGGGGUCUCUGGCACCUGUACUUUGUCAGGUGGCAUUGAUACAUGGUAAGCGGUUUGGAUUUGUCACCCUGGAGGCACUGGGGAGAGGAAGGUCGGCAACGUAUCAUGAGAUGAAUAAAAUGGGCGUGUUCACGCGUGUGCA